AUGGAAAGUCAAAAUAAUGUGGAAGAAGGAAGAAGAGGAGGGAAGCGAAAGGAACAGGAUGAAAAAGAAGAAGGAACAAGAUGGAAGCAUAAGGAACAGGAGGAGAAGAAGAAGAAGUUUAAGAAGAAGAAAGAGGAGAGAAGCAGAAGGAACAUGAGAAGAAGAAGAAGUUUAAAAAGAAGGAAGAGAGGAAGCAGAAGGAACAGGAGGAGAAGAAGUUUAAGAAGAAGGAAGAGGAGGGAAGCAGAAGGAAGAGGAGAAGAGCAGAAGGAACAGGAGGAAAAAAGAUCCUCCUUCUUUUCCUUCUCCUUUUUAAUCUUAAGAAGGAGAAGGAAGAGGAGGAGGAUCGGAAGAAGAGGAAGCAGGGGAAUAUUUUUUUUCAAUACGUAA